CAUUCAAUAAAAUGUGCGUUUAUCUUUAGAUUUUAUAAUGGAAACAGUUAAAUCAUUAUUCGAAAGACUUCAAUAUGAUGAAAAUCGUCUUGCUGCCCUUUUGGACGGAAAAACUUACUUAGUAAACGUUAAGCCCACUACUUUGAAGGGAAUAAUAACAGCUCAGGAUAUUGCUUUACUUUUUGCUUGUUUCGAUACGCAAAAUGAGGAACAAAUUUCAGCUGUUAUUUUCAUAUUGAAGCUAUUAUUGCCAAUAGUUGAUGUUGGGGCAAAAUUGGAAGUUUUAUCUCAGAAUUUAUGGAAUGGUUUGAAUCAUUCCAACAGCUCCGUUCAACAUUUAUGUCUCGGUGAGCUUCGGGAAUGCUGCGUAACAAAUAUAGGCAACCGUGCGUUAAUGGAAGGCAAAAAUGUCAUUGCAAAAGUAAUAGAACUCAUUGGGGAUGAUGACAUGUCAAUAGCUCAUUCAGCAGUCCAGUUUCUUUCGGAUUUUGCGUCAUAUUCUAUCAAUGCAGCAAAAUUUCUUCUUCAAGGAGAAUUGCUUGAAAAGUUUCAGGCAGUGAUGAGAAAGAAUGAUAACGUUCGUUACAGAGGAUAUGAUGUUAUUGUGAAAAUUCAAUCUAAAUCUAUUGAACAUUUAUCUGUUUGUGAUUCUUCUGGUUUGCUUCGUAAUCUUGUUAAUGAGCUGAUGGGAGAUGAUGUUUUAAUUAAAGUUGUCUGCGUAUCAACUUUGUCUGAAAUGGCACUCAGGAAACACAGUUUGCAAUACUUGAAUAAGAAUGGAGUUGUCAACAAAUUGAUAUCAAUGAUUACAAAUGCUGCCUCUGAUCCAUUGGCCGAUUUAUAUAUGCCAGAAAUUGUGAAGUUUUUUGGAAAAAUGUCAUACCAAGAAGGACCACAGCAUGUUAUACAAAUUUUUCCACAAUUUUUGGACACAUUGUUCUCGCUUGUUGAUGAAUUUGAUUUGGUGAAGAAAAAAAUUGGAAUUGAAACUUUGGGAUUCAUUGGACAAAGCAUGGAGGGCAAAAAUGUUCUUGCAAAGGAGGGAAACCGCUCCAAAGCGGCAGUUACUGAAAUUGGUAAGAUUAUAUGCACAGAGGGAAGCGAUUUGAGACUGAUAUCUAUAAAUGCAAUGUGCCAGUUAUUGGAUAUAGCCCCCUUGGAUCAGACUGAAGAUAUUGUAGCUUUAUUGGCACGAUGGUUUCGUUGCAUCUCAUCAUCUCCCAUUGAUGCAAUUUUGUUUUUAUGUCGCCAGCCUUUCACAAGUGUAAAAUGUGCCGGAUUUCAUUUGAUAAAAACUAUAGCAAAAUUAGAGUUUGGAAUGGCUGCUAUGGUUGAGUUCCCCACUUUUGUGGAAUUCAUCCUCGAUCGAUCGUCUGAUAAUAAUAAAGAAUCUAAAGAUGCAAGAUUUGAAGCAGUAAAAGCAAUUGCAGAAUCUCCCCAAUGCAUGCAUAUCUUUGGAAACAAUAAUUAUUUAAAGUUCCGUUCUUAUGUUCUUGAAGGACCGUUAUAUGAAGAGAUGGUCAGUCCUGAGGUCGCAAUGGAAACAUCUUGAAAAAUAUGCUCAGUACUAGCUUGAGCUUUAAGUACACCUCGCCCUUACGAUAAGGAGCUAAAGUGAACUAUAAUUGAGAUUGAGAUAAUUGAGCCCAUCUGAAACAUUAUUUUUGUGAUAAUUCUGUGUUUGCUUUUACGUUUAAUGACCGCCUGCUAUAACACCUAAUGUAGUAACAUUAAUAAUACCUUGUUAUAAGGUGUUUGCUCACUUAAACUCAAAAUGGGAUUCGUUGCAAAUUGCAAGCAGCAAUUGAAUGCACUGAUUGUCGUGUUUCGAAAGAUCAAAAAUUUUAUGAAUCAGCAUAUCUGAAAUGGUGACCACAGACUGCAUAUUUUUCAUAAACUUGCUGGGAACCUGACAACUUGCAAUGCUAAAUCAAAUAUGACAGCAGGAUCUAUGUCAUGACACUUUGGACAAUAAAAUAUAUGUUUGAAGUUUGGACAUACCAUGCAUUAUUUAAUGAUGGGUGAUCAGUCUUAUAGAAAUAUUGCAAAUUUUGUAUAAAUUUUUUCAAAUGUAUUAUCGAACACAAAGUUGAUUUGAAAGUUAUGUUUGGGACCAAAAUUUAUUUUCUUCCUAUCUGCUGGAUCACUCGAUUUCAAAUAUUCGCAGUUGAAAAUGAAAGUUUCUUCUUCAAAAAUAUCUCUUUCAAUUUUGUCAUAUUUACUCUAGGCGUUUUUUGAUUUAAUAUGAACAGGUUAUGAAAAAAAAUGAUGCCAUGUGGCUGUGUCUUUAUAUUUGAACAUUGCUAUUUGGCCAUAUUUUCAAAGCUAUUUAUUCUGAUCUUUGCGCUAUAUUCCAAAAGAUUUUGCGGUAUAAUUUGCUCAAGUCGCAUAUAAUAAAAUCAUCAUUAUUUAAGUUGCUAAUACACUGCGUUUUAAUGCUGCCUUUAGUUUCAUAAUACAGAGAAUGUCUUUUGUAGCAAUACGUAAUCUACCGUAACUUUUAUUUUAACUUUCAUUUUAGAA